UUGUUCUAAAUCUAAACACGUGAUGUUUCCACUCCCACCCCCCUCUGCUCCCUGACAAUGAUUUGUGACUCCUGGGAGAGUCAGUGUGAGAGGGUAGACAAGCAGCAUUGGAGCACUUAGCCUUUUUGGGACCACAUGCUUGUGUGUCACUUUUUUAAAUCUAUUAAAAAUGGCAGGAGCAAUCAUAGAGAACAUGAGCACUAAGAAAUUGGUUUUCUUUGGUUUCUUCAUUCUUGUUUUCCAAGUUCUUUUCAUCAUGGUUGGAGCAUUAAUUGCUCCCAGUCCCACCAGUGCUAUUCGCUACUUGGCCACCAAAUGUAUUGAUCGCCACAGAGCACGCUCCUGGCUUGCGCCGUGGGGAUCAAAUCGGUGCCAACAGAUCCAUAGUUUUGAUGACCCUCUGGCAAAAACACUGGAUGCCAACAACAUUGUUUUUGCUGUGCACGUACCUCUCCCCAACAAGGAAAUGAGUCCCUGGUUUCACUAUAUGCUUGCUGUUCUGCAGUUUGACAUUGCAUUUAAACUGAUCAAUCAGAUUGAAGAUAAUGUUAUCAUCACCAUUGAUGCUGGCCUUGCAUUCAGGGAUGAUUUGAGAUCUGAGUGGACUACAAAGUUUCAUUCAGUGGAGCAAAGGCCACUCAGGUGCAUAUUUGAAGUUUCCAAGACAUAUGAAAAUGAAGGCCGUUUUUAUCACUGUGACCCCAUACCAUUAAUGGAACUGGCAAGUGUGGCCCACAAAUAUUUUUUGAUCAACCUUCGCUUGCCAGUGAAUGACACAGUGAAUGUAGGAAUUGGGGAAAUAAAAGACAUCCAUUUAGUGGCCAUACACCAGAAUGGAGGCUUCACUAGAGUGUGGAUCACCAUGAAGACUGUGUUCAGUCCCUGGAUAUUUGUGGAAACAGUUUGGUACUGGCACAGGAUCAGCCUCAUGGCAAGACAUCCAGUCCUUUUAGAAAAGGUGAUUUUCGCCCUGGGUAUUUCUGUGACGUUCCUGAACAUGCCGGUGGAGUGGCUCUCCCUGGGCUUUGAGUGGACGUGGAUGCUGCUAUUUGAAGAUUCUCAACAGGGCGUCUUCUACUACACACUCUUCUGUUUCUGGAUCAUCUUCUGUGGCGAACACCUUAUGGUUAGCACCUUUUACUACUAUUUUACUAUAAUUGUUUCCAUACUUGCAGGCCAGUUAUGCAAUUUCUUUCAACAACAUACCAUGCAGGACCAAAGUCAGAGGAAUCGCCUUUCAGCGUACUGGUGGCAGGUUGGGCUGGUGAUGUUCAGCUCAUCUAUUCUUCUUAUAUUUGACCUGAGUGAAAGGGGGGUUCAUUUGACCAACCCUUUCUACAGUGUUUGGGCAUCAGAAAUUGGGACAAAGGUGGCAAUUACUUUCGUUAUUGUGGCAGGAAUUUCUGUUUGUCUGUAUUUCCUCUCUUUGUGUGGCAUGGUGCGUUGUGUGUUCCGGAACAUUGAUGGGAAAAUACACCAACUUCCUGAAAUGCCAGAAGCUAGGCGACUGCGUUAUAAGGGUAUAGUCUUUAGAUUCAAAUUUUUUAUGCUGGCAACUCUGGCAUGUGCAGCAAUGACUGUGAUCUUCUUUAUCCUAAAUCAAGUCAGUGAGGGGCACUGGCACUGGAGAGACCACACUCUCCAAGUCCACAGUGCUUUUCUCACAGGAACCUAUGGCAUGUGGAACUUGUAUGUUUUCACCGUUAUCUUCCUCUAUGCGCCCUCCAACCAUUACAACAAAAACAAGUCAGGAGAUGGUCAACAAACAGAUGUGCUUGAGAAGGCAGAAAGCCAAGAGACUCAGCUGACAUGUGGAGAGCAGGGGCCGACUGAGACCUACAGGAUCACUGGGAAGGUGGCCGAGGAAUAACUGCCAGAAAGUGCUGUUUCUUGUUGUUGUUUUUUAUUAUACUGUAUAUGCUAUGCUUUUGUUUCUGAAAAGAUUUUUUACCACAAACACUGCAGGACUGUCUAGAAUAAUAACACUUUAUGACUUGAGAUGUAGAUGGUAGAUUAGCGAUGCAGCUUCUAUGGCUUCCAUGUUCACUCAGAAGCAAUUUAAAAGGUGAUUUUGUUUUUGUUUUUUCAACCUGGAGCUUAUUUUCCAAUGCAUUGGUGUCUAAGUAACUAAUGUGAACGCACAUCUUUGGAUUAAAGAUGCAUUAAUGUCUAAGCGUUACUUUAAUGUUCAGCUGGUGAAGGUGGGGCUCAUUUUUAAUUACUUAAAUUACUGCUGGGUAGCUUACCCUAUCAUAUUAUAGUAUAAUUCAUUAGAUGAUCAAUAUUUUUACAUUAUUUUAUCACUAUCACAAAUGUUCAAAGUACUAAAAGCUGUUCAACAAAUAUAGUGGAGUAAAAAGUAUAACAUUUGCCUCCAAAAUGUAGUAAAGUAGAAAGCAUAAAAUGGAACGUACAAGUACCUCCAUUUUAUAUUACUUUAUACUUAUACUCCACGACAUUUGAGUGUGAAAUAUUGUUCCUUUUAAUCAACUGUGUUUAUUUGAAAGAUGUAGUUAUUAGUAACUUUACAAAUUAAGAUUCAACAUAUGAUAAUCCUUUAAAAUACAAUGCAGAGUUGGGCGCCGUUUGGAAUUCUAUCCCAGAGACAUUUUCCCUCCAAACCUCUCAGGUGGUUUCAUUUACACAUCUGCUUGAGGCCCACAGAGGUACAAUCAUCCCAUGUUUUAUUAUAAAGCAAAGAUUCAUU